AUGGUCGUAAACGAUAGACUUCAAAAUAAUUUGUUGAAUAAUUUUCAAAUAAACGAGGAUGAAACAGAAGACGUGAGCUUGGAUAACCUAAGUAUAAAUGAAUCGCAAACAAAUAUUAUAAAACAUUCUUGGCAGUACACUGUUCAAUUGAAUCCAAUUACAUUCUAUGAAAAUAAUUCAGACGUACAACCAAAUAACGAACACCAAGUCUGGAAAGAAACUCAUUACUUGUCGUUGUAUAAAAAUGUAUUAUCCAUAUUAAACAAAAUUACAUGGACAACGUUUGAUCAGCUAGUUGAUGAGUUUCAAAAAUUGCCAAUAGAAAACGUGGAAUGUCUUGAAAAUAUUGCUAAUAUUGUUGCUCUUAAAGCUUUUGAUGAAUCUUCAUUUGGAUCUUUAUAUGCUUCUUUAUGCAGAGUUCUUGACAUAACUAUUAGUUGUCAAAAUGGAAAUCAUUUAACAUAUCAGAAGUCAUUUAAAAAAUGUGUUAUCACAAUUUGUCAGAAUUAUUUUCAAAAGCAAUGUUUAGAUGACACUGAGACAUUGUUGAUGUCUAUAGAACAUGAACACAAUCAAAGAAGACUAAAAAUGCAAGCAAUUGGUUGCGUCAGAUUUAUUGGAGAAUUGUUUAAACAAUCAUUAAUAUCGCCAUACAUUGUUCACUACUGUAUUAAAUCCUUGCAAUCUAAAACAAAAGAAAGAUCUCUUGAGUACCUCUGCAAUCUUUUAAAAGUAGCCGGCAAAGAGUUAAAUGAAAAAAUAAGUUUGGAAGAUAUAUUUGAACAUUUAAUAUACUUGGUAUCUGAUGAAAUGAGAUCUAAAAUAUCACCUAGGAUACGAUUCAUGGUUAAGGAUGUAAUUGACGUGGUAAUGCCUUCAAGAAAAAUCUAAAAUCAAACUAUUGAUCUUUAUACGCUAUAUAAGGUUAUAGUUUAUGUGCAACUCAAUUUUUUUUUUUUUAAGUAAAAAUUAUUUAAAAUAAAAAAAUUUAGAUUGUUUUCAAAUCAUAUAAAAUAUUUUAUGAUUGUAAUUGUAUAAACCAUAUUAUUUAGUCUUGGAGCUCACAAAGUUACAACUCUUACUAUUUUCACCUUUCAGAAAUUGACUACUGUGCUAUAUUUUGAUGUUUUAUUGUUAGUAGCAAUGUUCAUAAAGAAUGCUAAAUGGAAAUUUCAACUUGAACAUUUUUUAUUAUUAUUGUAAUAAACUAAUAACUAUUUUAAAUAAUCUGUGAUAUAUAUUAAGACCCAAAUAUAAGGAAUAAAAAUAUUAAACCAUAUUGUUGGU